CAGUUUGUAGAGUUAGCGGCAGAGGUGGCUGGGUUAGAAGGCUUGACUGCUUCUGAUGAUUAUGGUGACGGUAACGUUGAAUGUUGAUGACUUACUUGACAGUUGCACAAGGAGUAAAAUACUGGUCAGCUUUAUUCACCGUUCUAUAAAUUGUGGUUAAAA